AUGGUCAACCGUGGACGUUCAGGAGGAUGCGUUACUUGUAAAAAACGUCGCGUCAAAUGUGACGAAGAAAAACCCGAAUGUCAGACAUGUCAACGCCUUGGUCUUCUGUGCGGAGGGUACAAGCCAAAAUAUGCCGGAAUCAAGUUUAAAGAUGAGAGCAACAAAUUCUUCGACAACACUGUCCGGAGAGAAGUUGUCAAAGCUACGGGCCAGAUGCUUGCUCCGCCGCUGGCAGAGCCCGACACCGCCGUGCCUUUCUUCCUUGGUUAUUACGCCAGCAUUGGCCGCGACGUAGAGUCUGCACGCGGCUUCUUUGAAAUACUUGUUCCAAUUUAUUCCUCGCAGCCGCAGAACUCGGCGUUCUCGCUCGCCCUGUCAGCUGUAGCCACAGGAAUACUAGCCAUAUGGCGGUAUGGUCCUGACAGCUUCCAAUGGCCACGGGAAUCGUAUACCCAAGCUAUCACAUCGGUUCGGAGUGCAACACAGGAUUGCAUUGAACGGAGCAAGCCAGCAACCUUGUUAGCCGUGUUAGCGCUGCAUUUAUACGAAAAUAUUACCGCUCUAUACGGCCUUCGUGCCGCCACGCGGAUACACCUCGACGGCGCACUGUCUUUACUUCCAUUCGCAGAUUUGAAUUAUGUUGAUGAAAAAAUCAGUGCGUAUAUUCGACGAUUCAUUCGUCAUACCGAAAUAUCUUCGGCGAUGCGUCAGAAAAGGCCCUUACAGAACGUUGCAUACUCAUGGAUAGGAGGCAAAGAUACAAUAGCUGUGCCGGAUAAUCCAAGCUCGGCGCUUGACGCUAUAGGAGCGUCCGUCGCCGAAUUACAGGCCAGAUAUAUACAGGCAGUAACACAGAAUCAUUCUGUGUCUCCAUCACAGAGAGAUCUAAGGGAGUGGGUAGCUGAGGCAAAGCGCAUUGAUGAACGGCUCCUGGUAUGGGCACGAAGUGUGCCAAAUUAUUGGCAGCCAGUGAAGCUCAUGAGUGGAAAAGACAUCGGCAUAUCGAUUCCCACCUAUCAAUAUGUUUGCGAGGUCUAUCCCACCUGCCAGAUUGCAACAAUUUGGAAUCUAUGGCGCGUUCAACGCCUUUUACUUAUCAAGAUAACUCUUGACUCGCUUCAUACGAUGUUAAACCUGAGACAAUCUGAGCUUACAAAUGAUCAAAUACUGGCUGGACACCAGGAUAUCCUUGAAUAUAAGCAAGCCUUCCAAGACUUGGUGGACUCCAUAUGCCAUAGCGUACCCUUCUGCCUUGGAAGUCGCACACAACCGACAAGCAUGGCCGACUUUACCGACCCGACAAUUCUUUUUCCUAGUGACCAUUUACCAGCUUCAGUGAACAGUAAUAAUCUGAAUAUGCAAAACCACAGCCCAAUGCCAAAAGAGGAGCACAGGCGCCAUAUAAUCAGCCAAGGGCCAUGGAGUAUCACGAGCCCGCUGAGUCGUCUCUUGGAAUUUUUUUUGGAAGACGGUAACCAAACCAUAAUGUCAUUUCUCAGACCAGGACAGUACGAGUGGAUCAGCCAACAGUUCCUGCGUAGCAUUGUGGUGCUUCGUAUUCCGCAGGUGGACUCUAGUGAUGGCAAGGAUGCAAGCUCUUUGAACUGGUCCUCCCAAAGUUCCGCAAAUAUUUUUCUUGAGCAUUUCGUCAAGCGUAUCAGGAAAGGCGCAAUUUUUAUGAGCGGACCUUAG